GCAGCGUUUCAUGUCACACCACUGAGGACAGACAUGGAUGAGAACCAGCCGCUCAUUCGACCGGACGCAUCACAGAGAGGUAAUGCGCGGCUCUACCUGGCUGCGUUCUCUGCCGUCCUGGGGAACCUCAACUUCGGCUUCUCCCUGGUCUACCCCUCUCCGGUCAUCCCCCAGCUGCAGAGGGGCGACGACCCCCGGCUCAGGAUGGACACUCAGGAGAUCUCCUGGUUUGGGUCCAUCUUCACCCUGGGGGCAGCGGCGGGGGGCCUGGCGGCCAUGCUGCUGAAUGACCGGGUCGGCCGCAAAGCCAGCAUCAUGAUGGCGGCCGUGCCCUCGGCCGUGGGCUACCUGGUGAUGGCGGCAGCGCAGAACGUGUGGAUGCUUCUCCUGGGCAGGUUCCUGACGGGCAUCGCAGGUGGCAUGAGCGCUUCAUCAAUACCUGUGUAUGUCUCAGAGAUCUCACACCCCAAAGUCCGAGGCACGUUGGGAUCCUGUCCCCAACUGACUGCAGUGUUUGGAUCGCUGGCUCUCUACGCUCUAGGUCUGGUGUUGCCAUGGCGAUGGCUGGCGGUUGCUGGGGAAGUUCCGGUGAUUGUGAUGGUGUUUCUGCUGUGCUUCAUGCCGAACUCCCCGCGCUUCCUGAUCACUCACGGCCGCCGCGAGGAAGCCUGCCACGCGCUCCAGUGGCUCAGAGGACCCGAGUACAUGAGCGAGCUCCUCCGCAUCGAGCACAGCGUCAAUACACAGGGUCGUGUAAGCUGGGCGGAGUUGGGUCAGCCAUUCUACUACAAGCCGAUCCUCAUCUCCGUGGGAAUGCGCUUUCUGCAGCAGAUGACCGGCGUCACGCCCAUCCUGGUCUACCUAGAGCCCAUCUUCCACCAGACACAGAUCACACUGGAGCCGCGGUAUGAUGCUGCUCUGGUGGCCGCCGUGAGGCUGGUCUCCGUGGUGAUCGCAGCCAGUCUGAUGGACAAGGCUGGGAGGAGGGCCCUUCUCUUCACCUCGGGUUUCCUCAUGUUCCUGUCUAUGCUAAGUAUGACCAUGUACACCCACACGCCCCGCAGUCACCAAGGCAACACCAGCUCCUCCCCCCUGCUACAGUGGGGGGAGGGCCCCCCUCAGCUGACCACGACCUUUGAACCCAUGACCACGACCUUUGACCCCAUAACGCUCAUUCCCCUCAUCAGUACCAUGGUCGUCAUCUUUGGUUACGCCAUGGGCUGGGGACCAAUCACCUGGCUGCUGAUGUCGGAGGUGCUGCCCUUGGGGGCUCGUGGGAUAGCGUCGGGUGUGUGUGUGGGGGUCAGCUGGAUCACCGCCUUUGUGCUCACACAGCUCUUCAUGCCCGUGGUGGUGAGGAACAUAAUCGAGAACUACUUCAGGACUGGCCGCUCCUUCACCAUCACAGACAGCUGCUCCGCCACAUGA